UGGAAACAAAGCGCGUCGCCUCGCCUCUGCCGCUGAGCUAGGUGUUAGCUGCGGGCUAACUCUGUAGGAAGCGUGAUGUUUGGAGUUUAGCUGUGUGUUUUUUCUUAAUAAAUGAGGCAUUAAAUGACGGCGGAGAUGAUUUAAAGCGACGCGUCAUGUCACAGAAUCGAAACUAUUUUGUUAUUUAGUGAGGAACUUGGUGUGAAAGUAGAGCGCUGCUAAAGCUAACAGGUGUUUCAGAGACACAUGUGACCCUUCAGGAAGCUGCUUGGUCCGCUUUGGGCAGGUCCAUCUGAGGUCUGGUGUGAUGGAGGAUGAAGAAGCUGUGACGUCAGAGCUGAAGAUGCAGUUAGAGAAUGAAGCUCUGAGCCCAGAGGAGAAGAUCAGCCUCCUGAUCGAUGCUUUAAACAAGGUUCUGAACUCUGCAGCCCUGCAGAAACCCAGCAGAGACUUGGCUGGAGCCAAGGCUCGCUUAUAUGACAGCGGGGUGCUGAGUCACUGCGUCCAGGUCCUCUCUCUGGGUCCCAGCAGGCUGAGGGGGAGCUGGGCGGCUGCUGCAAGGCUGGCCCACCUCACCAGCUCCAGCUGUGUGGGGGCGGAGCCAGGCAGCCGAUCCGAGGCGUUCCAUAGGCUGUUCCUGCCAUCAGUCAUGGACGCCCUGCUGUCGUUGGCCGGUCAGCUGAUGAGUUCAUCGGAGAGUCCGUCUCUCUUCAGGAAGGUGAUGGAUUCUGUCAGCUGGCUUCUCUCGGCUCACCCCCACCUCACCCCUCAGGUCCUCAGCUCCGCCCACUAUGAGCAGAUCCAGAUGAGUGAUGAUGUCAGCGUGUGUCUGCUCUGCAUCCAGAUGUGGAUUCACUCCUGUACAGUCAACAGAGACUUUUUGUCCAAUCAGAGCGAUGAAUCCGUCCUGCUGCUGCUCAACGAGGCCGUCGCCCAGCUGGCUCUGAGCUCAGACACCGCCGUGGGCGGGGCCUCCAUCAGACUGAUGCUCCUGAUGGCCAGCCAGCUAGGACGCCGCCUACAGCCCCUCCUGCUCAACUUCAAAGGUCUGUCCAGCCUGUUGGAGAAGGACUGGAAGGGGCGGGGCUUCGACGCGGAGGUCGACCAGCUGACCUCCGUCCUGCAGAGGCAGCAAAGCGUCAGCGGUCGGCCGCAGGAGGUGAGCAGCGAGCGCGUGCGGGCAGCGUGUGCGAUCCAGGCCGCCUGGCGCUCGUAUCAGACCCGCCGCAGAGUGAAGAACCUGAGCAGAGCCGUCAGCGCGCUGCAGAGGAGAUACAGGGCGCGGAGGAGGCUUCAGCAGGAGCAGAAGGAGGCCCAGCAGUGGGAGGAGCAGCUCAGGUAUCAGGUGUGUGUGAGGAGGCAGCAGGCGAGGAGACGCUUCCAUCAGAAGCAGAGGGAGCUGCUGCAGCGUCUUCCUCCUGACCAGGUGCAACCGUACCUGCAGGAGUGUGAACGCAGAGCUGCUCUGGUGAUCCAGAGCUUCUGGAGAGGCUUCAGAGCGAGAAGGCGCUACGUCGACUCUCUGAGAGAUGCUCUGAGAGAGUCGCAGAGGCAGCGGCGCGCCGCCAGGACUCUGCAGAGAGCCGGGCGUCGAUUCCUGGACAAACGGCGAGCAGCCAAGGCCCCGCCCAUCGCCCCUCUCUGGAUUGGCCAGGAAGGUCUGACUGACAGCCGGCGGGCGGAGUUAAAACAGCAGCUGGACGAGUACAUCGCCGCGUACAGGUCAACAGGCCUGUCUGCUGAGGAAGGCGCCGCGCUGCAUGCGGAGGUUCAGCUGCUCCUGCAAGCGGAGCUGCAGAAAGGAGAGCAGCGGAGGAGAGAGGAGCAGAGGGUGGAGGCUCUGCUGGCGUGUGCUCGCACACAGCUGGAGCUGCUGCAAGAUGCCCCGCCCCUCUCUGUUGUCACGGCGAAGCAGGCGGAGUCCUUCCUGAGCCCAUCGGCCUCCAUCGCCGCUCGGGCGAGGGACGCCCACAACGCGGCGCUGCAGGCGAGCCGGCUGCCCUGGUGGAGGAACCUGGGAGAGACGCCCACAGGGGAGGAGGCAGGCCACGCCCACCUCCAGGAGCUGGAGGCGGAGUUUGGGGGACUGUUUAUCGGAGGAGCAGCCAUGGUUGAAGGAGGUCCUGAGGUGGAGCUUUAACCAGGGCUGAUCCGAGGGACCUGAUUGGCUACUUUAGUUUCCUCUCUGUGAUUGGAUGAUUCUGAUGAAACAGGAAACUGUUUCUAAUUCUUUUUAGAUCAUAAUCUAAUUAUGAAUCUCUGACUUUAAUGAGAUCUUUUGCA